UCCUUCCUCACACCCCCUCGUCCACCCCAUCUCAAUUCCCCCUCCCUCCCCCUCUCCUUCAUCGUCUCUCUCGCAAUCAUGCGGCCGCAGCUGUUCCGUGCGGCCGCCCGGUCUCUCCGGGUGCCCAGGGCCCGUGCCUUCGCGACGACAGCCCCUCGCGCGGCCGAGGUGGAACUCACCAUUGAUGGCAAGAAGGUCUCCGUUGAAGGUAGUGUUCGCGCAUUUCCCAUCCAUUGGACAGCAGCUCACAAUCCCUCGAAGCCGGCUCGGCUCUCAUCCAGGCUUGCGAGAAAGCAGGUGCAACAAUCCCCAGAUACUGCUACCACGAGUACAAAACUAUUGAUUGCAGGAAAUUGCCGUAUGUGUCUCGUCGAAGUCGAGCGUGCCCCCAAGCCCGUUGCGUCGUGCGCCUGGCCCGUCCAGCCCGGAAUGGUGGUCAAGACAAAUUCGCCGCUAGUUCACAAAGCGAGAGAGGGCGUGAUGGAGUUCCUUCUGGCUAACCACCCCCUGGACUGCCCUGUCUGUGACCAGGGAGGAGAGUGUGACCUCCAAGACCAGUCCAUGCGUUACGGCGCCGACCGCGGUCGGUUCCACGAGACCGGUGGUAAGCGUGCGGUGGAGGACAAGAACAUCGGCCCUCUUGUGAAGACCUCGAUGAACCGCUGCAUUCACUGCACCCGCUGUGUUCGAUUCAUGAACGACGUGGCGGGCGCCCCCGAGUUGGGGACCACCGGCCGCGGUAACGAGAUGCAGAUCGGAACCUAUCUGGAGCGCAACCUCGACUCGGAAAUGUCCGGCAAUGUCAUCGAUCUCUGCCCUGUCGGUGCCUUGACCUCCAAGCCCUACGCUUUCCGGGCCCGUCCCUGGGAGCUCAAGCACACCGAAUCCAUUGAUGUACACGACGCCCUCGGUUCCAACAUCCGAAUCGAUAGCCGUGUCGCGGUUUGCCUGCGAUGGAUUGAAGACCCAGCGGCUCACCACCCCCUGAUUCGCCGCGAGGGCAAGUUUGUUCCCGCCACCUGGGAACAGGCUCUGGUGGAAAUCUCAUCCGCUCAACAGAAGCUGCAGCUGCAACCGAACGAGUUCAAGGCAGUUGCUGGUCACCUGGUGGAUGCCGAGUCUCUUGUCGCCAUGAAGGACAUGGCUAACAAGCUGGGCUCCGACAACCUUGCACUUGAUCAACCCGGCGGUAGCGCUCCCAUUGCUCACGGUAUUGAUGUUCGCUCCAACUACCUCUUCAACUCCAAGAUUUACGGCAUUGAGGAGGCGGACGCCAUUCUUCUAGUUGCUACGAACCCCCGCCACGAAGCUUCUGUUCUGAACGCCCGCAUUCGCAAGCAGUAUCUGCGGUCCGAUCUGGAGAUCGGUCUCGUUGGCGAGGAGUUCGAGAGCACCUUCGACUAUGAAAACCUGGGUGCCGAUGUCUCUGCUCUGAAGACUGCUCUGGCGGGAGAAUUCGGUAAGAAGCUGGCUAGUGCUCAGCGGCCCAUGAUCGUUGUGGGUAGCGCUGCGGCCGAGCACCCCGAUUCCAAGGCCAUCUUCGAGGCUGUUGGCAGCUUUGUUGAGAAGCAUGCGAGCAACUUCACCACCCCUGAGUGGCAAGGUUACAACGUUCUGCAGCGAGCUGCUUCUCGGGCCGGUGCCUACGAAGUGGGCUUCACCGCCCCAUCCCCCGAGGUUGCGCAGACCACUCCUAAGAUGGUCUGGCUCCUUGGCGCGGAUGAGGUCUCGCCGAGCGAGAUCCCCAAGGAUGCGUUUGUCAUCUACCAGGGUCACCACGGUGAUCGGGGUGCCCAGCUCGCAGAUGUCGUUCUUCCCGGUGCUGCCUAUACCGAGAAGUCCGCCACGUAUAUCAACACCGAGGGACGUGUGCAGGUCACUCGUGCUGCGACAUCGCUGCCCGGUGCUGCCCGUGAUGACUGGAAGAUCAUCCGUGCUACCAGCGAGUUCCUUGGCGUACCUCUUCCCUAUGAUGACAUCGAGGCCCUCCGUGACCGCAUGGAGGAAAUCAGCCCCGUGAUGCGCCGCUACGAUGUCGUGGAGCCCACCUCCGUCAGCGCACUGAGCAAGGUCCAGCUGGUGGAUCAGAACAAGGGAGCUUCGGCCACCGGAGCUCCUUUCCAGAAGGUCAUCCAGGACUUCUUCUUCACAGACUCGAUUUCCAGAAGCUCCCCCACCAUGGCCCGCUGCUCGGUUGCCAAGGCCACCGGCAACCCCGAGACCAACUUCAUGGCCGCCGGAGAGAUGUCUCCCCAGGCCCUGUACGGCUGA